GGAUGACGAAGGCAUGACACAGGAGCGCGUAGGAUACUCGCUCGUAAUGAAAAGGUCGACCUAUAUCUCAACUGCAGACCUUUUCGGGAAGGGCAUCCUGCGUAUGUAUCACGAUUGUGAGGAAAACCAGGCGAACCUAGCUAGAAGUACCGCGACCAGGGGAAAAACUACAAGUACAGCUACAUUUAAGGCUUCAGGUAAUCCAUCUCCAGAAGCAUCUUGGGACCUUCCUCUAAGGGAAAAGCAAGUGCAAGAUGGCGCUCAAGAUGGAUUCCAGGAAGCUCUAAUACAUCCUACGAGGAGGAGGUGAAAUUCAUCCUCCCACCUGCUACUUUUUCCACUAGUACCCUGUUUGACCGCAGAAGAAGUUCUGAA